CAUCCUCCACAGUCCUCCCAUCCUACCCUUUUGUCCUCUCCUGCAGGAGAGGACACAAAGGCAAGAAAAUCCACUUUCCUUCACCCUUUUUUGUCCACGGCAAGAAAAGAAACGAGAUAGACUGGAGAUUGACCGCAGAUAGACUAAAACGACAGAGCGAGAACGAGCAGACCCAGGGAUAAAGUGACACAACGAGGAGAGGGAGAAAGAGGAGAUAUGGGAACCGGGUGGCGGAGAGCCUUCUGCACAUCGAUCCGACGAGAUUCGGAUAUGGCGGUGGCGGAGAAGAGCCCUGACCCCGACCGCAGCCGCCGGAGCUGCGCCAAGUUGACCUUCUUCUCCGGCAGCAGUGGCGGUAGCAAUCCGUCGACGCCAAGGUUAGGAAGGCUCCGGUGUCGCACCAAGUCGACGCCUUCGGAAAGCCCGAAGCUGCAAUGCAAGACCGCGACAGUAGAAAGCUCGCGCAUGCCGCCACCGCCUACCAUCCCGAACCGGAGUCCCACUCUGUUCCACCAGGGUUCCUCUAACCCGUCUUCGUCCAGAUCCCGAUCCACGUUUGCCCUCUUCAAGGAAGCCGUUCAUCUUUCCCGGAUCAGAUGCGGGAUAUGUGAGCGGAGCGUGAAGGCGGGCGGGGGGACGGCGGUGUUCACGGCGGAAUGCUCCCAUGUUUUUCACUUCCCCUGCAUUGCCGCCCAUGUGCGGACCCAUGGCGGUGGCCGCGGCACCAUCGGCUGCCCCGUCUGCUCCGCCGCCUGGCGCCCGGCCCCUUUUCUCUCCUCCCUCGGUCACCUUCGAGACGACGAGCCCCAGCCUCCCGUGAUGGUAGGGUACAGGAAGCUGCUGCACCGCCGGAGGAUGAGCAGGGGAGACGAGCAAUGCGGAAGCGAAGCAGAGAACAGACCCGUCUCUGCUGCGGCUGUUGUGAAGAAGGUCUACGACGAUGACGAGCCGCUGGUGCUCUCCACCAAGCCCAGCCAUAGCGGCGCCGGCUUCCAGUUCAAUCCCAUUCCCGAAGCAAACGAAGACGACGAAAGCGGCGGCAACGAGGACGACGAGCUGGAGGCAGAGGAGGAGGAAGAGUUCAAUGAUUUUUCGGCGAAGGAUAAUAAUAACAGUAAUCGCUCCAUAUCCCCAUCUUACAAGGUCACCACUGGCACCACGAGAGCCUGUGCCGGGGGACUACAGGUGAGAAUGAUGCCGGAGGUGGCCCUGCUGUCGUCAGGGUGGAGACACCGAAACUACGUGGUGGCGCUCAAGGUGAAGGCCCCUGCGGUGGCGCCCCUGCUCAGCGGGUGCCGCCGCGCGCCGAUCGACCUGGUGACGGUUCUGGAUGUGAGCGGAGCCAUGACGGGGGCCAAGAUCCAGAUGCUGAAGCGGGCUAUGCGCUUGGUCAUAUCGUCCUUGGGCCCCGCCGACCGCCUCUCCUUGGUCGCCUUCUCGGCUGCCGCCUCCAAACGCCUCCUCCCCCUCCGUCGGAUGUCACGGUCCGGCCAGCGCUCCGCCUGGCAGAUCGUGGAACGCCUGGUUGCGUCUACCGGCGGCCGAGGUUCGUGCGUGGGCGAUGCCCUCCGUAAGGCCACCAAGGUAUUGGAAGACCGAAGGGAGCGCAACCUGGUCGCCACCAUAAUGCUCCUGUCCGACGUCCGGCGGCAGCAGGACGCCAAGAAAGACGGUCGCAACUACCGCCGGUAUCCGUCGACGGCGGCAGUGGCCACGACGCGGUUCUCCCACCUAGAGAUCCCCAUCCACGAGAUCGGCUUCGGGGACGCGUCGCAGCAGCAACUGCCCCAUCAGAGCAGCAGCCAGGAGGCGCCGGUGGAGGACGCCUUCGCCAAGUGCGUGGGCGGACUGGUGAGCGUGGUCAUGCAGGACGUCCUCCUCCAGCUCUUCUUCCCGUCCGGGGAGGUCUCCGCCGUCUACUCCUGCGGCGCUGGGAGGGCGGUGGCCCUUGGCAGCUCCGUCCGGCUCGGCGACCUCUACGCGGAGGAGGAGCGGGAGCUGCUGGUGGAGCUCAGGGUGCCGACUGCGGCCGGACCAGACCACCACCACCACCAUUCCCUGUCGGUGAAGUGCAGGUACAGGGACCCAGCCACUCAGGAGGUGAUCUGCGGCGAUGAGAGGUCCCUGCUCCUGCCGCCGCUCCAGGGCCAGGGCCACCCACAGCUCGCCCGCUCUGCCUCCUCGAUCUCGCUGCGUCUCCGGAACCUGUUCGUUACCACGCGUGCCGUGGCCGAGUCGCGGCGGCUGGCCGAGCUCUCGGACUACGCUGCAGCCCUCCACCUGCUCUCCUCCGCCCGCUGCCUGCUGCUGCAGGCCCUGGCCGACUCCGACCAGGAUCAGGAUCUCAUCGACCGGUUGGAGGCCGAGAUUUCUGAUCUCCAGCAGCAGCAGCCGCCUUCUCCGUGCCAGAGGAGGAGAGAAGCUGCGAUUCCGGGCGGCGAGCAGCAGUUGACGCCCACUUCGGCCUGGCGGGCGGCCGAGCAGCUGGCCAAGGUGGCUAUCAUGCGGAAGUCACUUAACCGGGUCAGCGAUCUGCACGGGUUCGAGAAUGCCCGGUUCUAGCGAAAAGACCGGACCGUGGCGGGCGGGGGUGGUUGAGGGCGGAAUUUUUAAAAGUUUUAUAAUAAUGAGAGUGGAAAUAGUUAUUAUUCUCCUUCAGUUUAUUUUUUCUUUCUUUGACAUAUGUGGCCAAUGGUGAGUCACCAAAAUCAAGCAGAUGGUGGUUGC